UAUACUGUAAAGCUGAAUUCUCUGUAGAUAAGUAACUAACUAGUCCCCUGACCCCGGGAUGUUUAUCUGUAAACUCCUCCUCUGGUAGUAAAAGUCGCAUGUUCGCUCUAGCAGCGUAACUUUGUGCUGUAAGCCUCUGGAAAGAUCAAAGUAAUGAAGGGGACUCUCGUCUUUGUGAGUGCACUGCUGUCGCUGACUGCGGGUAAACCUUGUGCAUUUGAUCAUGAUGAACUCCACCUGUCCCUCAACAAGCAACUACUGCGUUCUGUGGACAUGCAAGAGAACCUACCCAAUCCCAGUGUGCACAUCGCCCUGAGGCUCUCACCACACCAUAACCUAGCUAAAGAGAGCAAACAUCUCAACCGCCUUAAGAUGGAGCUUCAUGAUGAUAUUGAGAAAUCUCUCAAAAACAAAGAGUUGACGGUUGGCCGUCUUGCCCUGUACAUUUUGGCUUUGAGGUCUUCCUGCUAUGACCUGCAAAGCCUGUAUCUCACUGGCAAUGAGAGGGAACCAGUGCUUAUUCACCUCAAGAGAGAGAUGGAGGAGGAGAAACAGAACAUUUUAUUCAGUCACCGACCAAAGACCAGCUACUAUCAGUAUUCUCUAGGCAUUCUGGCUUUGUGUGUGAGUGGCAUUAGAGUUAAUGCACAUGUCAGCCACAAGCUCAUCCAUGCCGUGGAACAUGGACAGAUUAAACAUGGAGAGUCCUUAUGCGUGGACUCACAUGCUAUGGCGGGCAUGGCCCUCCAAUGUCUGAAAGAUGAGGGAACUUCUGUUAAAGAUGUAGAUGAGCUGGACAGGGCUCUUGCCACCAUUAAGCAAAGGCUUCUUGAAUCUAAAAGAGCUGAUGGCCACAUGGGCAACGAGUUCAGCACUGGAUUGGCAGUGCAGGCCUUGUUGGCUAUGGGUAGUCAGAUGGAUGAGUUUGAACCUUCCUUGAACGCUUUAUGGGCAAAUGCUAAAAAUGGAACCUACCAUGACACCAUGGCCAUAUCCCAGGUCCUGCCUGCCCUACAGAAACAAUCUUACCUCCAUCUGAAGAGCAAAGAUUGUCGCAGCGAGGAUGACACUCUUGUUUUGGAUGCCGACAGUGAUGCAGAAGUUAUCCUAGAUCAGGGAAGAGUUUCUCUACAGGUGGAAAUCAUUAAAUCAAACGGUGAAGCAUCUGUUUAUUCAAUUCAUGUACCCGUUGGCUCUUCACUUUUUCAAGCCCUCAGCCUUCUACAAAAUAAGCAAAGAGGUUUCACCUUCAACACAGAAGAGAGUUUAUGGGGGACAUUUCUCAGUGUUGUGAAUGACGAACGAGCCCGUCAAAGUGAUCGUAGAUACUGGCAGGUGUCAUCAGAUGGCAUUACUCUGACACAGGGUAUCAAAGACUAUAAAAUUGUCUCGAAGCAAAAUAUCUCCAUUAAGAACACUGAAUACUGAGUCCUUUGCAUAAGGAAGAUGAAUGGAGGAAGAAAUUAAUACAGGACUCAGGAGGACCUUGAUUUUAAUUUAAUGGAUUUUAAUUUUCCUGAAAGAAUUUGUUGUUUAAAUAAACAGAACAAAAGUUUGUACUGUACUGUUUUGAUCGUAUUGAUUUUACAUAAACAUAUCUUUAAGAUCAAACUUGUUUACUUUUUAAGUAUGUUGGCUGUAAUGAACAAAUAUUAAAGAUGUUAUAAAUAA